CUUCGCUUCUCCUCCACUCCAUAUAAAGCCCCACUCUAAUCCGCUAAAACCCGAAUCCAAAAUUCAUCAUUCCCCUUCUCCAUUCUCUCGAUUUCUUCAUUCCUGAUUCGUUGGUUUUGUGUACAAAAAAAGUAGGCCACUCUGGUUAUGCGCGCUGACGGCCGACGGGGAUUCGAGAGCCCGAGCUCCUCCGCCGCUCUCGCUCUCCCUCGCUACCGAUUCCUCCGAUACCGCCGCUUGAGGUGAGAUUAGUCUGUUUUGCUCUGUUGUGAUUAUCUGCUAUGCCGUCAACGGGGAAGAGCAACCGGAGAGGACUACUGGACCCGACGGAGAAGGCUAACAACCGCAAGAACCGGCCGACGGAGCGCGCGGUGUCGUUUCACGGCGGGAGAAUAGCGGAGCAGAUGGCGCCGACUCUGCCGGCCGAGCCGAGGAUGCAGAGGCCGAAGACCUUGCCGAACUUGCUCGCCGGGCGAAGCUCGACGACGGCGGCGUCGUCGAGCGUCGAGAUCCGGCCGCUGAAGCUGACGAAGCUGCUGCUCAACGUGACGGUGCAAGGCAGCGUCGGGGCUGUGCAGGUGCUGAUUUCGCCGGAAUCGACGGUGGGAGAUUUGAUCGCAGCCGUAAUCCGGCAGUACAACAAGGAAGGACGACGGCCGGUUGUCGCGGCGGAUCCCUCCCGAUUCGGCCUCCACUACUCGCAGUUCAGCUUAGAAAGUGUUGAGGUUAAGGCUGGGCAGCCACUUAAAGUGACUCCUGAGGACGAUGUUAUCCUUCAUCUGUCCCAUGCAGCACUUGGUGAGGCGAAAAAGACCAAGGAAAAUGAGUUUGUGCCUCUUUUCAUCAAAGUUGGUGACAAGAAGCUUGUUUUGGGAACCCUCUCUCCUGAAACCAUUCCCCAGUUGGCUUUUGAUCUAGUAUUGGAGCAGGAGUUUGAACUUUCCCACAACUGGAAGAAUGGGAGCAUCUAUUUCACUGGCUACAAGUCUAUUCUCCCUGAUGAUGAAUAUCCUUUAACCACUUGAUGUUUUUUUAAUCAUUCAUGCUUUAAUAUUUAGGUCAUUGUAGCUAGUUCUGUGAGUUUGUUGGUGGUAUGAUGAUAAUAAUCUUAAAAUUUUAAUUGUUUCAAACAUCCAUUCCUUAACUCCUAUUCCCUUCGGAUUUGCUGCGUCCACUGAGGAGUUUUCUGAUUUUGGUUCUGAGGAAGAGUCAGAGGAAGAGAAGGAGCUCCCAGUGGUGAAGGCAGAGAACGGUAAAGUUCAGAAGGCUAAGCCUGCUGCUCCUGCUAAGGCUGCAGCUGCUAAGCCUGAAGCUGCAAAACCAAAAUCCAAAGCUGCUGCUGUGCCCGUUAAGCCUGAGAAUGAAUCUGACGAAUCAGAUGAUGAUGAAGAUGAUUCAGAUGAUGAUUCAGAUGAAUCUGGCGAAGAUGAGUCUGUAGAGGACAUGUCUGUUGAUGCUGGUGCUGAUUCAGAUGAAGAUGAUGACAGUGAUGAUAGUGAAGACGAGAAGACUCCAACUCCAAAGAAGCCGGAGCAGGGUAAGAAAAGGUCAAACGACUCGGCUGUGAAAACACCAGUGCCUGCCAAGAAGGCCAAACAGGCUACACCUGCGAAGACUGAUGGCAAGAAGGCGGCUGCACACACAGCAACACCUCACCCUGCAAAGAAUGCUGCGAAGACAGCAGGUAGUGCUGCUAAGUCCCCAAAAUCUGGUGGUGAAUUUGCUUGCAAAUCCUGCGACAGGUCAUUUGGAUCUGACGGUGCUCUGCAGUCUCACGCCAAGGCCAAGCACACUGCCAAGUGAAGAGCUCAUAGUAUAGGGGAGAGUAUCGAUGGGAGAGAAGUGUUGCUUUUGAGUAGUCGCCAAAGAGGGAGGUGGUAAAUGAGAGGUUUUUGUUCUUUAUUGUUCGUGAGAAAGAACUUAUGGAGGAAAUAGAUGGAUGUUUGUGAAAGUGAUUUUCGAAAUUUGUUCGCGGUCACAGCGUUCUCGGAUACUGAAAACAUGUUUAUGUUUCUGUUGCAAAUGCAUCAAGUAUGGUGUUUAACAACUACACUCUGUCGAGUGUAAUCGUUCUUAAAAUAAUGGCGGAUGUAAAUUAAAGGACAGACAUAUGUUCAUUACUUCAAGAGGAUUAUACAACGAAAAUAA